AUAAUAAAAUAAUAGACACUAAUACAAGUAUAAUACUAUAUAAUCAUUGUGGUACUUUAAUUAAAAUUCUAAUAAUAACAUAAUCCGCUAAUAGUGAUAUGAAAUUAUAAAUAACAAUAGUGGACAAUAAUACAAAUGUUUAUUAAACAUUGACUAUUUGGACCUUAUUGGACCUUAUUAGACCUGAUUGGAACUUAUUGGACCUUAUUAGACCUGAUUGGAACUUAUUGCACCUGAUUGGAACUUAUUGCACCUGAUUGGAACUUAUUGGACCUUAUUAGAUCUUAUUGGAUCUUAUUGCACUUAUUAGACCUUAUUGCAACUUAUCUGAACUUAUGUGAACUUAUUGGACCUGAAACUUAAUUUUUUAAGUUGAACAGAACGCACCCUAAGAGUGACUUAUCAGAAAUAAACCAAGCUUCAUAUCUGCAGUUGGUAGAAAGCAUUGAUUUUUACUAAUUUUUAAAGAAAUCAUACAAAACUCUAGAUCUCUAUGCUAAAAAAAAUGACAUAAAGCCUACAAAUUGAUGGUUUACCUUGCACAGUGUCUUUAAAUACUUUAAUUUAAUUCUUGUUUAAGCAAUACCUACACCUAAGUUUUGCUUAUUACCUUGUUAAACUAACCAUUUGAUUUGUCUCUCAUACUAUUCUCUUAUUAAUUUAAUCUGUUCUUUUUAAUACAAUUGCAAGAAAAAACAUGUAUGAUAUCAGCAAGUCAAAACGAACCAGAAGAACAGCUUUGUAUCUAACAACAGUUGAUGAAGAUGUAAAUGCUGCAAACACGUCGAAAAGUUCAGAUCAGAAGAAUGAUCAUGUAAAACUCAAGCAACUUAUCAAUGUUGAUGUCAAAGAAGAAAAUAAUGUAUCUGAUGAGAAAGAUAAAGGUUGUAGUAGUAGGGCUGUACUUGGCCAAUAUUUUGCUGAUGAGAAGAAACUUCAAUUGGUCAUUAAACAGCCUGAAGAACAUCAUCAUCAUCAAGGAGUGAAGCUCAAAAGUAUUGUCAAGCGGUAUGUUAAGGCUUUGAGUAAGAUGGUUAAGGCUAAGCAUAACCAACGCCUUGAGAAACCUCCUCUUCGACUUACUAUGUAGUCGAUCUGGAGGAUAUAGACCUACGGUCCAAUACGAUCAUUAAGCUUCAUAGUCUUGAGCGAAGACGUCCCUGAGUUUUUGUUUACCUUAUCAGAUGGCCAAACACCUGUAAUUUUUUUGGUGAAUUUGUAUGUUGUGCUUAAAUUCUGCAGAUUUGAUUGCAGAGGGGAGUUUGAGCUUGUAACAGAAUACUACCUCCCUUCCUAAAUAAUAAUUACACUUACCCUU